AUGAUUUGGCGUUGUUUCAUCUGCUGCCUUUUUGUGGCAGUGACAUUAAGAGCAUUGCUGAACCACAUCAAUACGGUACACAGCCGUAGUCCGAAUUUCCGUGUCAUCUGCGGCAUUGACGGCUGCACUCAGGAAUACAGAGUGUACAACUCUUUUUACUACCACGUCAAACGGAGCCAUGCCUCGCAUCUCCUCAGCCGCAAGUGUAUGAGGCCCAGUGGAGACCGAACGGCGGGUAAAGCCGCGGAGGACAGUGCAGGGCUGUGUACAGCCAGAUAUGUUCCAAUGCAACCGAGAGAAAGAUGUUUGGAGAAUUUUGAUGUACCUAGCAUUCAGUCAGCACUAGAGGCACACGAACCCACUACAGCAAGCACACCAACAGGUGUUGUUAGUGAUGUUGGCUGCUCCACCACCGAAAAUGCCCGAGGUCACGCUGCUCCAGCUCCGGAUGGCGCUCCGCCAGCUUCUACUGAAGACACAGCGCUUACAGCCCAGGCGGAACAGGAUGAAGUACUACCCGAAUCUACACAACUAGGAGAAAGUGCUAUACAUGAAGAGACUAAUGUGGAUCUACUGAAGAAACAUGCCACUGCCUUUGUGCUCUCUGCUAAAGAGAAACACCGUUUAUCACAGAGUGCAGUCAAUGAUAUUGUAGCUGGAGUGCAGAACUACCAAGCUUCACUGCUGGACAGUUUGAAAAAUCAGAUGGCACGGGUAUUCCAGAGACAUUCAGAAGUUACAGAUCAGCUGCUUAGUGAGUCAAUGGACAUUUUUGAUAGUUUUGAAGACCCAUUUGCCAGAGUUUCCACUACAUAUAUGCAGGACUCAACCGUCAAGGAGCUGUUUGGAGUAGUGGAAGCACAAGAAAUUGAGAUUGCCCGGUCUGCAUGCUAUAAAGGACAAGGACCCUCUCGUGCUCUUGCUAUUAGAUCUGAGUGCAUUUACUACAUACCUUUGAUCAAAAGUUUGGAACAAUUACUUUCACAUCCUGUGGUUCUAUCAAUGUUUGACAAAGGUGUAGAGACAUGUAGGGCUGGAUUUUUAAAGGACAUCAUUGAUGGUGAUAUUUUGAAAUCACAUCCAUUGUUCUCUGUUAGACCCAAUGCCCUACAGCUGAUACUGUAUACUGACGAAAUAGAACUGUGUAAUCCUCUGGGGUCACAUGCCUCAAAAAACAAACUUCUAAUGGUGUACUAUACUUUAGGGAAUAUACAUCCUAAAUAUAGGUCUAAGCUGGCUGCUAUCCGUCUACUUGCUAUUGCAAAAGCAACGGAUAUUGCUCAGUGUAGCGUUGAUGUGAUACUGAAUAGAAUACUGGAAGAUCUGAUUUUGCUGUACAAUGGUGUGAGAAUCAAAACAGUGGCGGAUGAGAGAGUUGUAUAUGGAGCAUUAGUCUCAUUUUGCGGUGACACCUUGGCUCAGCAUGAGGUUACAGGGUUUAAAGAGGGAGUUGGAUUUUCAUUCUGUAAAUGCAGACACUGCGAGUGCAGUUUUGAAGACAUGCAGCUUUACUUUGAUGAGGACAGCUUUGUUCAACGGACAUUAGGUUGGCACAUCAGACAAUGUAAUGAAAUUGAGAGGGCCCCUACUGAUUUUUUAAGAAACAGUUUGAAAACCACAUAUGGAAUUAACAGGAAAAGCAAAUUAGUAGAUUUUCCAUCAUUUGAUCUAAUUAAGCAAACUCCGCAAGAUAUCAUGCAUGUAAUACUUGAGGGAGUAGCACCACUUGAAAUAAAAAGUGUGUUGAAACAUCUGGUCCUGUUAGGACAGCUUGACCUAGACACAUUCAAUAGCGCUGUACUAGGAUACCCGUACUCUUUUGAUGUCAGAGACAAACCAUCUCCUAUAACUGUUACAACACUGUCAUCAAAUGACAACAAAUUGAAGCAAUCUUCUGGUCAAAUGCUUGUCCUCCUCAAGAUUUUACCAUUUGUAUUGGACAAUUGUGAAAGAAGUGCAUACAUUCAAGCCCUUACUGAAUUAAUACAGAUAGUACAAAUUUUGUUCGCACCAGUAAUUUCUCUUGCAACCAUAUCAAACCUCAAAACACUUAUCAAGCAGCACUUAGUUAACAUGAAGCAAUUGUUUCCUGAGAACAAUAUAACGCCAAAACAGCAUUAUCUGGUGCACAUUCCAGCACAGAUUAAAGCUUUAGGUCCAAACACUGCUUUUUCAAACAGUGGUCAUCAAAAUUAAAUUUCAAGAACGUAUGCAAGUCUCUGGUAAAGCACAACCAGAUGUAUGAAAGCUGUCAAAAUGUCAGCAGCAUGGAACACCCAAUUUUUUCAAAAGAGGCGGUAAUGGGUCCAGUGUCUGGUGUGACAGAUGCACAAUAUGUACAGGGUAAACUGAAGGAUUUUUUGGGUGUAGAAAAGGUGCACCAUAUUGUGUCUGUAAAAUGGCUCGAGCUGAACGGCAAUAAGUUUGUCUGCCAGAAGUCAGUGAUUAUUAUUAAUGAAGUAGAAGGUUCCCCUGUAUUUGGACUUAUAAAAAACAUAUUCAUUGCAGAUUCUUUAUUGUAUUGCUUUGAAUGUCAAGUGUAUGACACUGUAGCUUUCAACCGUGAUUUUCUUUGCUAUGAAAUUGAAGUACCAAAUCUUGCUCAAGCUACUGAGUUUGUUGAUGC